AGUGCUCUCCUUGCUUGGACACUGGACGAAUUAUAGCAGCCCCCGGGGUUUUUGCUGACUGUGCAAGACGUGGCGGACUUUAUUUCGAAAGUCCGACCGGAAGUCUUGCUACCCAUUCUUGCGGGAGCUUGACGCUUGGGGUGGCUUUCCUGGUGGAGCUUUAGUAUUUACUACAAUAUUAUCAGAAGCCUGUCCGUCGCUGCUGUCCAUCACGGACAGACAGGGAGUCAAACCGUCGCGUGGACACUUUUAUUUUGUUUAUGAGUGUUUACGGCGCGUGUCGCUUCCUGUUCGGACUUCUUUGAAGCAUUUGGGGAGAUUUCCUAUAAUGUUGGCGAGUGAUAUCCGUCUACCGUGUGCACUGCAGUGGUGCGCAGCUUCGCCUGGAGAAACACCUGUGCGCCUCUCCUCUCCACUGGCCACAGGCAUGAAUGUUGAGUAGAGAACAGAUCACCCUAAGGCGCGGUGACUGUCUGCAUUCAUCUAAAAGAGCAAGAGAGGGAGCAGCACAAAUACCGCACAGCCAGACAUCAUGCAAGGAGCAACCUUCCCUCGCUGCAGAGUGCUGAAAUGUUAGCACAGAAGAGCAAGAGUGUCAGAUCAAAUCAGCAGACUGUUUACAUUAGGGGCGGCGAUAAGAGCUGCCUGACACCAGACUCCCUAACGCCCUGUGUGUGGUUUAAGGCCCCUUUCAAUCACCAUCAAGGAGAGACGCGUUAACUGAUCUCUCAUCAGCACUUUUCUGUUUUUCCGUCAGAUUCAGCACUCCCGCGGCGAGCAGAGAUGGAGUGGUCACUGGAGAAUGUGAGAGAGAUGGUGGCAGGAGGGAUGCAGUCUAUACGGGAGUGUGAGGUCUGCGCUUUCGCUAUAGGCAUGUGUGUGCUGCUGCUGUUUAUGUGGUACUGUUACAGGGUGGGCCGGGAGCAUGGGUCCAGCCCUCUGCGUGGGAGGUAUCUGACCGGGCCGGGCAGGAUUGGAGGAGUGGUGGGGGGCUUUAUGAGUUCAGACUGCAGAGGAAGGGGCAAAGGGAAGCAUGGAUUGUUGCUGGAAGAGCAGAACGGCUUUGCUUUCUGCCAGUCGCCAGAGUGCUUCCGCUGCACCAGUGCUGGAGAGAGCCUUAACCAGAGGCUCUAUCACAGCCUGCAGGAUUACGCCAAACGCUACACCUGGUCAGGUAUGGGCAGGGUGCAUAAAGGAGUACGAGAUCAAGGCCGAUACCUGAACAGCCGUCCCACCAUCCAGCGGCCAGAGGUCUUCUUCCUCCCAGAUCUGCCAUCAGCCCCGUUCUUCUCCAGAGAGAUCCAGAGGCACGACGUGGAGCUGCUGGAGCAGAGCUUCCCCGCCCUCCUGGCCGAGUUUGAGAGCAUCUAUCACCAGCCUCCAGCCCGCAGCGGCUCCUCCCUCCCCCCUGGGUGGAAAGUCAACAACACUCCUCGUGGGCAGUGGUGGACCUACUACCUGGUCAACCAAGGCACGCCUCUGGUUCUCAAUGUGAGGAGAUGCCCCAGAGCGUGGAGGGUUCUGGGCCAACUGCGCACCUUCAUCGCCAACAACGUGUUCGGAAACGCCUGCUUCUCUGUGCUGACGCCUGGGGCUCUCAUCACCGAGCAUUACGGUCCAACAAACGUCAGGCUGCGCUGCCACCUGGGUCUCAGAGUGCCCCCUUCCUGUGAGCUGGUGGUCGGUGGAGAGCCACAGUGCUGGUCUGAGGGCAGCUGUCUGCUUUUCGAUGACUCCUUCCUCCACAGGGCUUUCCACGAGGGCGGGGCAGAGGAUGGCCCCAGGGUGGUCUUCAUGGUGGACCUCUGGCACCCCAACGUGGCCGCUGCUGAGAGACAAGCCUUGGAUUACAUUUUUACUCCAGGCCGCUUAGAGGACAAAGAGGGGAAAUAGGUGUGAGUGAGAAACCAUGUCGACCAACAGACCCAUGGAAUAGAGAGAGGUGUUUGUAGGAUUGGGGAGCAUCUCUUUUUCUGCCUCCAGACCAGCUCUCAUAUCCACGGUGUACAUAACUCCGUCCCAUACAGUAUCUCUCAUAACUCCUUUAGCUGAUGAACGAACAUUGGGCCUCUUUUAUCUAUAAUUAUUGUCCAUUAACAGUAGAAGAAAGACUCACUUACUGAAACUCAGUAGUAGGGCUGGGCGAUAUGGCCCAAAAUUACAUCUCAGUUUUUUCUUAUUUUUCUUAAUUUGCGGUUUUUUAAAUCGAUUUUCUUUCCUGCUUUGUAUUGCAACAUGUAGGUGAGUUGUUUAGAGAAAAACUGACAUUUUCAACCAGGAAUCUUAUGUGGAUAAAGUUGAUAAAAAUGCUUAGAUGGUUGGCAGAUAUAGUCUGAAACUCUCCCCUCUUCACUGCACUCCUGCUCAAAUGCAUGUGUGUAUUUCUGCAUGUGUUGAGGAGAGGGAGAAAUAUUAAGCCUGUGCACAAAUGUUUCAAAUAUUCCUCAUUCUGAUGAGGCUUUUCCAACCAGUUUGCUUGUACUAAAGUGGGCUGAGAAGGUUCAAGAGAUCAUCUAAAUAUUCACGUUUGAAAUCUACUUUUUUUACAAAUAUGAUUAAUCUUAAAAAAUAAAUUUAUUGCCCAGGCCUACUGGACAUUUCAGCCAAAUCAUCAGUGCUAUUUUAGCUAUGGUCAUUUUUGUUAAACAAUGUGGCAUAAGAUCUGCUAAGAUUUUUCAAUUACUGAUCAAAUCAUCAAAUAUCCAGAUGAUUUAUCAGUAAUUAAAGGAUUUUUUAGAAUACGAAUGUCAAAUAUCUGCUUGUGCAUUUAAAUUUUAUUGAAAAAAGUGACCUUUGAAAAAUGAUUUCAACAAAAGAGGAAAUUUAAAGGCAACAUUUAAAGCUUUUUAAAUUGUGAUUUAAAAACUUUAUAUGAAAAUUUUUGUCUAAACAAGAACGUGAAAGAAACAUGAAAAUCAUAAAUUCUAGGCCUAAUUAGCAUGAAACAUUUCCAUUUGACCCUUUUGUCUGAUUUUUGAACUCAAGCAUACGUGCUUCCUCAUAGUAUGAUGUGUCUCUGUAGGGGGUUGGGGGUCUCAGGACAAGGGAUGGAGCUUGUUCCUUUUUUUGGUAAUGAUUGUUUUUAUUGAAACGCCAUAAGGCCGGCUCAGACUGCACAGAUUUUGGCCAGACUUCAACAUACUGUGAUGUAAUUAACAACCAAGCGUAAACCUUAAGUCCUGAAAAAUAAAGCCAACGUGGAAGUGAAAAAAACUGCAAUAUGGCGAGUGUCCACUUGAGGCUGGCUGCAGGAAUACCAGAAGUCAUGUACACAACACGUGUUAAAAAGCUUUUUUUACACUAGGAAUAAACAACUAAAUGAAAUACUUCUCAUUAGAUUAUGUCUAAAGGUCCUCACACUGAACAGGGAGUGAUUUUUUUUUUUUUUUUGUUCCACAAUCGUUUCAAUUUUAUUGAGUAAAAACCUCCCUGUGCACUGAUUUGCGCAUCUUAUUUGAUUGACAGCUUGACAGGCAGACGUUACCACCAGAAGGCUAGCUUUAGUGAUAGCUUAGCUGACAGGAAGUCCAGCUUGGUGGGUGGGCUCUUGUCUGCCUCUAGGUUGAUCCAAAGUUUGGUCGAGACAGCGAUUUCAAUAUGAAGGCCACUUCAAAAGCUAAAUGCGCUUAUUGUAAUUGAACAGCUGACGUCACACAGGCCUUGUCCAAUUCUUUUAACAGUCUUUGUUAACAACACGUCCAAGACCACGAUUCAACAAGACUAGAAUACCAGAAUUUUUCGUCUUGUGUGACGCCCUGGCCCGACGACAACGAUGUGAAUCCUGACGCCUACCAACAGGAGAGUGUUUGCUGCUUCAUCUUUUUCCAUGUUUUCUUCCUCUGGAGAUUUAUGUAUACAUACAGUGAUUUCUUUUUACAUUCAUACCUCAAGUUCUAUGUGGAGGAGAGCCAGUCCAUAUUGUCCUCCUCUUGAUUUAACUGGAAGAGUCCAUAAUUGUUCUCUUUCUGUUUUUUUUGUCUUCAUUUCAGAGCAAAAGACCGCAUGUGUCACAAAGAGCAUUUCACUCUCUCUGAUCCGCCCCCCCAUGACCUCUGAACCCUUGCACAGUUGCAGAGACAGUGGUGUCAUCAGCAUACAACAACAGUCAGGAUCACUCUUGUAGUUUGGCCAGAGUAUCAUCCAAGACCGGUCAGGAUAUUAGUUGUAUCAUCUGACAUGGUGCCAUUGUGAACAACCAAAGAAUCUCUUUAGUCUGAGCCGGCCUUUAUAGAUACCACUACUGACCAGUUUCCAUUGUUUAAUACACUUUUAACAAAAUAAGAGCUAGAAGCUGAGUAGAUCUUGACUGGAAAACUUGAAAUCUAUUUGAUAUUGCUGAAAAAACAAACACAUUCCUCAAACUGAAUUUUAAUUUUCUUGAUGGGACAUUUGAACACAUCAUUUUAUUUACAUCUUCUUAGUCGUCCUUUUUACAGAGCCGUCGUUGAACACAUCAUAAUGUAACCAUCUGCCUGCUCGUCAAGUCCGCUAAUGAACUUUUAUUCUGCUGAUUUCAACACAGAUUUCUGCACUUGAUUCAUAUUUUAACAGAAGCAGCCUUACACCUACACCUUUUUCAUGUGAUUUCAAAGUCGCAGACAAAAUUCUGAGUAAAGUCAGAGUAAAAUAAUGGGAGUCUUGCUAAAGUUGCAGCUCGCUCCCGUUGUCUCAGUCUUUAAGUGUAAGGUACGGUGGUCAUAAGACUCGAUUUUAGCAGUUUUAAGGCGGUCUUUCUUUAGUCUUGGCGUUAUUAGUAAUUAGUCUGGUCAUAUACAGAUUGUGUUUUUCAGUGGCGUGACCAUCGUCUACGACCAUUGGGAGCCAGUGUUGUGCAUAGACACUGUGAAUCAAUUCAUUCUUCAAAAUAUGAAUGUGAGCGUAGAUAAUUCUAGAGCUGCUGAAUAUCCACUUAGAACUCAAGAGAUUGAAAAACUUUUCUGCUCAGAGCUGCAGUCAGAUCUCUGUUCCUGUGUGUUUGUGUCUCGUCUGUCAAUUCAUCAAGUUUGACAUGAUACGUACGGUAAACCGCCACUGGGAUUUUCAAAGUAAAAGCCAGAUCAGUUUGUUUCUGUGGUGAGACAACUCGCAUUUUCAUAUGGUCCUUUUAUUCUGAAGCAUUUCCGGGAUAGUUUCUCGGUUGUUGCAGUAACAGGCAAAGUUGCUUCGGUGUUUAACUUUCCCAUCUCCUUCUACAUCUUAUUCUCUGCUUAAAAAUUGUUGAUAUGAAUUUCCACCAGAUGCAUGAUGGGAAAAAAAUCUCAAAGAAAUCUUCAUCUGAGACAAAAAAAACUCCAGACUUGCUGACAUAUUGUCUUUAGAUGUGAGAUGUCAGUCUUUUUAGAGUCUUUGAAAAGUCCUCUGUUGUAAGGCCGGCCUAAAGGGACUUUGUAAAAAGUUUGAGACACUUUUCAGUGCUGAUCUGAGCAGAGGAGGAAGAAAACUGCAGCUGAGGCCAGUGUUAUGGUUGCAUGCUACUCCCACCAGCUUCAAUUUGAUGUACAGUGUUUGAGCUUAUGUUCUCCCCAGCAAGUACUGAUAUUUGUUGUAGCACCAGUGAUAUGAGAAAAAAAAACUCUGUGAGACCCAAUGGCAGUGUCCAUAAGCUUAAAGGUUAUUGAUUUCUAGGUUUUGAAAAAAGAAAAAAAAAAAAAACAGGUUCCAAUCUCCAUCACAUCACUCCACCACUACUCCUAGCGACAGAGUAUGAAAAUAUGAUUAAGUAUAUGAUAAGAUGAUAAGUAUAUUAGAACUGAAUGAUUCACGGUAGCAAUGAAACAUUUGAAAAGAACAUAGAGGCAGCUUCAGCAUCACGAUGUUCAUGAUGAUCACACCGGUCACACAAUGACCGUUAAUAAACAUUGGGACUGCAUUUUAGAUAAGUCUUUUUGAAAACUAUGUUAGCAGGCUUUGAAAUAUGAAAGAGCUUUAACAGGCCAUGGACUAACACACAGAAAAACAUGCAUACUCUUUACUACAGGAUAUUUUGCCUUACCUCAUUCCUCGCUCACAUAUACAUUUAAAGAUUACACUGAUGACAAUACUAACAUUUUUGAAUGAAGGGCCUUUCCUUAUAGUGAGAUGCACAAUGUGGACAAAAGUAUGUAGGCACCUGACCAUUACACCAAAAGGGAUUGUAAUGACAUUGGCACAGUCAUGUUGGAAUAGAAAAGGGCCUUUCCCAAAAUGUUGCCACAAA